AUGAAACAAGGUCUGCAAGGGAAUGAACAGGAGGACGGAGGUGGCACCAGCAGUGGGUCUCAGGAGACUCUUAAACGGUCACGCAAGCAGAGGAGGGAAAAAGAUUUGGAGGAGGAGGGAACCCGCUGGGGGUGCCUGCCUCAGGAGGUCCUGCUCCACAUCUUACAGUACCUGCCUCUGCUGGAUCGGGCUUACGCUUCUCAGUCUGUUCAACAGUCUCACUUCCUCUCAGCGCUGACGGUGGUCUUUGUCAACUCCAAAUCCUUGUCCUCCCUGAAGAUCGAUGACACACCUAUAAAUGACCCCAACUACCAUUUGCUGAGUGAUGAGCUUCUCAUUUCCCUCUCCUCCAAGAAGCACGUUCACUUCGAGCACCUUCGCAUCGACGUGGUCAGUGAGAAUCCUGGCCAACAGUUCCACAUCAUCAAGAAAUGUAGCUGGGACGCCAUGGUGCGCCACUCUCCUAAAUUUAAUCUGGUCAUGUACUUCUUCCUCUAUGAGGAUGAGUUCGACCCGUUCUUUCGUGAUGAAAUUCCCGUCACGCAUCUGUACUUUGGACGCUCAGUCAGUAAAGACGUGCUUGGACGCGUUGGGCUCACCUGCCCUCGUCUGGUCGAGCUGGUGGUGUGUGCCAACGGGCUGCGGCCGCUGGAUGAGGAGCUGAUCCGCAUUGCCCAGAGCUGCAAAUUGUGUCCAGGUUUUUUUUGGUGGAGCAGAUGUAGAAACCCAAUGAUGACGUCAGACCUCCCCCACGUGGGCGGCCUGAACAAGGUGCGGGUGUAA